AUGUAGACGAGAUGGUCUAUAUCACUUCCUCUUCUUUGGUGGCUGCCUGAAAGACUGGGCCUCUGGCCGCGUAGCCAUUCCUUACGAUAUCAAGCAGUCCCAUCCCCAGUACAUCUUGAAAACUGACGGACACAAUCAGAUGCAGAAGCUAUGAUUCCUCCUGUCAUCUACCGUCAUCCCCUAGAGCAACAUGGCUGCAACCCGCGAUAACAGAUUCCUACGGCCAGGCAGGAGUUUUCACUCACCCGUCAGCAGUGGUUGGCAACCUCAAAGCGACAAGGCCGACAUCGAGCUGGGCGCAUUGCUGCAAAAGCGGCCUCCAUCGUGGACGUACGAAGACGAUGACGACCAACUUGCAGCGAGCGAGUCGGAGGCGAAGGACCGGGGCAGAAGAUAUCAUGCACGCCGGUGGGCAGAUUUGUCGAGCACGGGAGCGUCCUCAGCAUUUGUCAAACCCCAUUCGCGACCAUUGGACCCAAUAACAGCAAGCAGACACAGACACCGAUGGGUACGAUCUCGAACUCUGUCCAAGAUACUUUCUCUGAUCAAGGCCGCCUUGGUGACUCUGGGACUUCUACAGUGCGUAGUCUUCAUUUGCGGUAUCCUGGAGGCUGUCUUCCCCGACGAACUCGACCUUGUCUCCGGCCCGCUCAAAGACGCCUUUUUAUUCCCGAACAACCCGGCUGCGAUGUGGAACAGCGACCUUGACAUACUCACGGCAGAUGUACAACCUUUCAUGUGUCACUCCCACAACGACUACUGGCGACGAGAACCUUUAUACAGCGCGAUUCACGUGGGAUGCACCGGCGUCGAAGCGGAUGUAUGGCUGUUUGGGGACGAACUGUACGUUGCGCACACUGCAUCAGGUAUACGACGCAACAGGACGCUGGAGGCUCUCUAUUUGGAUCCCCUGAAGGAGAUUCUUGAUCAUAGAAACAUGGUUCCUGAUCUUCUGGGCCCCAGCACUUUGAAUAGCAGCCGCCGCAUCGGCGUCUUCGACACCAAACCCAAGCAGUCACUUGUUCUACUGGUGGACUUUAAGAACAAGCCGGAAGAGGUCUGGAAUCGGUUUGAUACCCUCCUCGCACCAUUCCGCGACAGAAGGUACCUUACUCAUUUUGACGGUUCCGACGUGGUUAGUGGGCCUUUGACGGUUGUUGUCUCGGGCGAUGCACCAUUCAACCGUGUCGUUGAGAAUUCAACGUACAGAGACAUCUUUUACGACGCUCCUCUUCACGACUUGGCUUCUCUACCAGCAACACCUCCCCAACCUUCUCCAUCAGCGCCGCCAGACGUCCACGUAGGUGACACCAGACCCUUGACGGAUAUGCUUUCUCCAUCACCCACUGAUCCAUCAGCCAUCUACUCUGCCUACAACUCAUACUAUGCUUCUACGUCCUUCCGGCGUUCCAUUGGCUACCCCUUUCACUCCGCCCUCACCCAACCUCAACUCGAGAAAAUCCGACGGCAGAUCCGGUCGGCGCACGCCAAGGGCCUGAAAGUCCGAUAUUGGGGCAUCCCCGCUUGGCCCAUCGGACUAAGAGACUACCUCUGGAGAGUGUUGGUGAGGGAAGGAGUGGACUAUCUGAGUGUUGAUGAUAUUGAGGAUGUAAGAUGGAAAGACUGGGGCCCGAGGAAAGGUGGUUGGGGAAAGAAAUGGUGGAGGUGAUUGUGGUUAAUCUGGCGGCCAUCGAUAUCGUCCGUCUCUCCCAUGGUCACGAAUUGGCUCCCCUUGCGACGUCCGAGAUGUAGGCCUGUGUCGAGGCGCUGUAGUCAACCCUGGGCUAAUACGCCCUCCGGCAAUGGAUGCUUCUCUCACAAGUAACAUACGCCCUGCCCGGAUUAGUCCCCCGCCCAUGCUCGCUUCACGAC